AACGUCAACCAUCUAGUGUGUCUGUGUAGUGCAAUUGUUUGGUCCGAAUGAUGCGAUGUUGAUACCCUUACCUGUUUUGUAAAAUUCGUUUGUGUUUGUGGCAGGUAGUUAUGCGGCAUUUUUUGUUUGAUGAUCAUCUAUUGUGAUUUUAUUUGUGUUUCUUUUCGAGUUUUAUUAAUUGAUUUUUAUUAAUUUAAUCGUAUUGUUCUCUGUUUGCGCGUUUUCAUUGCCUUAUUUGUGAUUUAAUGUUGUUAUCAAUAAUUUUCUUACUUUUUAAUGUGCAUUGUCCAUUGUUUCACUUGUGAUUAAGUCGUGAAUUUUUUUCGCCUCAAACUUGCGCGUUUAUUCAUAAUCGGUGAGAUAUUUCUUGUGUGCUUCCUCUUCACUUUUUUAUCAAAGGAUAAUUUUACUAUGUCCGGAUCUGUUACAAUGGAUUAUACGGAUGUUGUAUGAACCACAAUCAAUCCUUUGAAUUCAUGGCCGCGAUAUGUUGUUAUCAUACAUUGUGAGCUGGCAUUUUUCAAGAUAUGGUUAUCGUUACCAGGGGAGAUUAUAUUUGGAUAGAGCCGAUUUCUGGAAGAGAAUUUGAUGUCGCUAUCGGUGCUCGGGUUAUUUCCACCGAAGGCAAACGUAUUUUGGUCAAAGAUGACGAUGGCAGAGAAAUUUGGCUUACACCGGAACGCCGCAUUAAGGCAAUGCACGCCACCUCCGUACAAGGAGUGGAGGACAUGAUAUCAUUAGGCGAUCUGCAUGAAGCUGGAAUUUUAAGAAAUUUACUCAUUCGUUAUAAUGACAACCUUAUCUACACCUACACGGGUUCCAUAUUGGUGGCUGUGAAUCCUUACCAGAUUUUACCGAUCUAUACAGCCGAGCAGAUAAAAUUAUACAAAGAUAAAAAAAUUGGAGAAUUACCACCUCACAUAUUCGCCAUCGGAGAUAAUAGUUAUACCCAUACGAGACGUUUUGGUCAAGAUCAAUGUAUUGUAAUUAGCGGUGAAAGUGGAGCUGGUAAAACCGAAAGUACCAAAUUAAUUUUACAAUACUUAGCCGCAAUUAGUGGAAAACAUUCGUGGAUCGAGCAACAAAUCCUCGAAGCUAAUCCGAUAUUAGAAGCUUUUGGAAACGCUAAAACCAUUCGAAAUGACAAUUCAUCGAGAUUUGGAAAAUAUAUCGAUAUCCAUUUCAACCAUCAAGGCGUCAUCGAAGGCGCUAAAAUUGAACAAUAUUUAUUGGAAAAAUCCAGAAUCGUUUCGCAAUCAAAAGAUGAACGUAAUUACCAUAUUUUCUAUUGUAUGCUGGCUGGACUUUCACGAGAAGAAAAGGCUAAAUUGGAGCUCAGCGACGCGUCCCAAUAUAAAUAUUUGACCGGGGGUAAAAGUAUAACUUGCGAAGGUCGCGAUGAUGCAGCUGAAUUUUCAGAUAUACGUUCUGCUAUGAAGGUUCUGUUAUUUUCCGAUCAAGAGAUAGGAGAAAUUAUGGCUUUAUUAGCAACGCUGCUUCAUAUGGGAAAUAUCAAUUUUAAAGCAACUUUCAUAGAUAAUCUGGAUGCCACGGAGAUUCCGGAUUAUAGUAACGUUAAUCGUGUUGCAAGCUUAUUAAACGUAUCUAGUCAGCAACUGGUGGACGCAUUGACUAGGAAAACCAUUUUUGCGUAUGGUGAGACAGUCGUGUCAACUCUUUCCCGAGAGCAGUCGUUAGAUGUCAGAGAUGCAUUUGUCAAAGGAAUUUACGGGAGAUUAUUUGUACACAUAGUUAGUAAAAUUAAUAACGCUAUUUACCGACCUAAAGGGCAAUCUAGAUGUUCAAUCGGAGUCCUGGAUAUUUUUGGUUUUGAAAAUUUCGAUGUUAAUAGUUUCGAGCAAUUCUGCAUUAAUUAUGCUAACGAAAAUUUGCAACAAUUUUUCGUGCAACAUAUAUUCAAGUUGGAACAAGAAGAAUACAAUCACGAGCAUAUCAGUUGGCGCCAUAUUGAAUUCGUUGAUAAUCAAGAUGCUCUGGAUCUAAUUGCCAUCAAGCAUUCGAAUAUUAUGGCUUUAAUUGAUGACGAAUCAAAAUUUCCUAAGGGCACAGAUACAACGUUGUUGGCGAAAUUGCACAAAGAAAACGGAUCGCAUAAAAAUUAUUUGAAACCCAAGUCAGAUGCAAAUCCGUCAUUUGGAUUAAAUCAUUUCGCCGGCGUCGUGUUUUAUGAUACCAGAGGAUUUUUGGAUAAGAAUAAAGAUACGUUUAGCGCUGAUUUGAUGCAGCUAAUACACAUCUCAGCGAACUCUUUCUUGAAGUCUUUAUUCGCCGAUGAAAUCGGAAUGGGUUCCGAGACGAGGAAACGGGCACCUACACUUUCGAUGCAGUUUAAAAAGUCAUUAGAUUUAUUGAUGAAAACGCUUUCUUCUUGUCAGCCCUUUUUCAUUAGAUGUAUCAAACCGAAUGAGUUCAAGAAACCAAUGAUGUUCGAUCGAGCAUUAUGCUGUCGACAGCUGCGUUACUCAGGUAUGAUGGAAACCAUACGGAUUCGAAGAGCAGGUUACCCAAUUAGGCACGGAUUCAAGGAAUUCGUAGAACGGUAUCGUUUCUUGAUUCCGGGAAUUCAACCAUCCCAUAAGACUGAUUGUAAGCUAGCAACGCGAAAAAUUUGCGAGGUGGUUCUUGGACAAGAAUCCGAUUAUCAAUUAGGAUGUACCAAAGUAUUUCUGAAAGAUGCUCACGAUUUGUUUUUAGAACAAGAAAGAGACAGGGUGUUGACUCGAAAUAUAUUAAUAUUACAAAAAUGCAUAAAGGGCUGGGUUUAUCGACGAAGAUACCUGAGAUUGAAAGCAGCCACAAUUACCAUUCAAAAAUACUGGAAAGGAUGGGCUCAGCGAAGACGCUACCAAAAGAUGAAAGUCGGUUACAUGAGGCUUCAAGCUUUAAUCAGAUCGCGAGUUUUAUCUCACAGAUUUAGGCAUUUGAGAGGUCACAUUGUUGGCUUACAAGCUAGAGCCAGAGGAUAUCUUAUUCGUAAAAUGUACGCUAAGAAGAUGUGGGCCAUUAUUAAAAUCCAAGCUCAUGUUCGUCGUGUGAUCGCUCAGCGGAAAUUCAAUAAAAUUAAAUUUGAAUAUCGUAGUCAAAUUGAAGCGUUGAAAUUGAAGAAAAUUGAAGAGAAAGAAUUGAAAGAAGCCGGUAAUAAAAGAGCCAAGGAGAUAGCCGAACAAAAAUAUAGGGAACGUUUGAAAGAACUGGAACGCAAAGAGCACGAAAUCGAAGUCGAAGAGAAACGACAAAUGGAAAUUAAAAAGAAUUUAAUCAACGACGCGGCCAAGAAACAGGACGAACCAGUAGACGAUAGUAAAUUGGUAGAAGCCAUGUUUGAUUUUCUACCAGAUUCCAGUAGCGAAGCUCCCUUACCAUCUAGACAAACUUCCGUCUUUAUGGAUUUACCUAAUCGGGGAGAUGAACCACAAGAUGAAAUCACACCCAUGCAGACCACUCCCGAAGAUGACGAAGAUCUUUCAGAAUUCAAGUUCCAAAAAUACGCUGCUACUUAUUUCCAAGGAAAUAUAAACCAUCAGUAUUCUAGAAAGCCAUUGAAGCAUCCUCUUUUACCACUACAUACCCAAGGGGACCAACUGGCUGCUCAAGCAUUAUGGAUCACUAUACUCAGAUUUUGCGGAGAUUUAUCUGAGCCACGAUACCAUACGAUGGACCGUGAUAAUACGUCAGUAAUGUCCAAAGUUACAGCUACGUUGGGCAGAAAUUUCAUCAGAAGUAAAGAAUUUCAAGAAGCGCAAAUGAUGGGCAUGGAUCCUGAUACAUUUCUGAAAAGUAAACCUCGUUCAAUUCGCCACAAAUUAGUAUCUCUCACCCUGAAACGUAAAAAUAAAUUGGGAGAAGAUGUGCGAAGAAAAUUACAAGAUGACGAAUAUACUGCAGAUAGUUAUCAAUCUUGGUUAGACACUAGGCCAACUUCUAAUUUGGAAAAAUUACAUUUCAUCAUUGGACACGGAAUCUUAAGAGCUGAACUCAGGGAUGAAGUUUACUGCCAAAUCUGUAAACAAUUAACGAACAACCCCUCCAAAUCAUCUCAUGCUCGUGGAUGGAUCUUAUUAUCGCUUUGUGUGGGUUGUUUUGCUCCCUCCGAGAAAUUCGUCAAUUACCUGAGAGCAUUUAUUCGUGAAGGCCCUCCAGGAUAUGCUCCUUAUUGCGAGGAAAGACUGAAGCGUACAUUCAACAAUGGGACACGUAAUCAACCUCCUAGUUGGCUGGAAUUACAGGCAACAAAAUCGAAAAAACCUAUCAUGCUACCUAUAACAUUUAUGGAUGGAAAUACCAAAACAUUGUUGGCGGAUUCUGCUACAACAGCCCGUGAACUUUGUAAUCAAUUAUCUGAUAAAAUUGGAUUGAAAGAUCAAUUUGGAUUUUCUCUGUACAUCGCCCUGUUCGAUAAAGUUUCAUCCUUAGGAAGUGGAGGUGAUCACGUUAUGGAUGCUAUUUCGCAAUGCGAGCAGUACGCUAAAGAACAAGGUGCUCAAGAGAGAAACGCUCCUUGGAGAUUGUUUUUCCGAAAAGAAAUAUUUGCUCCUUGGCACGACCCUACCGAAGAUCAGGUCGCAACAAAUUUAAUUUAUCAACAAGUCGUAAGAGGCGUGAAAUUCGGCGAAUAUCGAUGCGAUAAAGAAGAUGAUUUGGCCAUGAUUGCUGCUCAACAAUACUUUAUAGAAUUUUGUAGUGAAAUUAAUAUGGAGAGAUUGCUCACUCUGCUGCCGAAUUAUAUUCCUGAUUAUUUAUUAACAAAUGGUGAUAAAUCGGUAGAUCGAUGGGCCACCUUAAUUCAACAAGCGUAUAAAAAAAGUUACUACCUUAAGGAUAAAGUGCCAUCGAUUAGAGUGAAAGAGGAUAUCGUAAGUUAUGCGAAAUUCAAAUGGCCUCUUUUAUUUUCAAGAUUUUACGAAGCGUAUAGAAAUUCAGGGCCAAACCUUCCGAAAAAUGACGUAAUUAUUGCGGUGAAUUGGACUGGUGUAUAUGUGGUUGAUGAUCAAGAACAAGUGCUACUAGAACUUUCAUUUCCUGAAAUUACUACCGUUGCUAGUCAAAAAACUAAUAAAGUUUUCACGCAAACUUUCACAUUAUCUACGGUUCGUGGAGAAGAAUUCACUUUUCAGAGUCCAAAUGCAGAAGAUAUUCGCGAUCUUGUGAUAUACUUUUUAGAAGGAUUGAAAAAACGGUCCAGCUUUGUUAUCGCGCUACAGGAUUAUAAAACUCCUGGUGAAGGCUCGUCAUUUUUAUCGUUCAGAAAAGGCGAUUUAAUAAUUUUAGAAGACGAUAGUACCGGAGAAACAGUGAUUAAUUCUGGGUGGUGUGUUGGACGCUGUGAAAGAACCAGCGAGAAAGGCGAUUUUCCGGCAGAAACAGUUUAUGUGUUACCGACAUUGACGAAACCACCGAAUGAUAUAUUGGCCUUAUUUAGCUUGGAAGCAGCAGAUCAAGGUAGAAGAUUAUACGCUCAUCAUGUUAACGGUACAGAAACGCGAGAAAAGCCUCACACCUUGAUGGAUUAUGCUGUCGAUCAUUUUAGAGUUCCGCCUAAAAGAACAAUGUCCAAAGCGUUAACUUUAACGUCAGCUAGAAGAGGUAACGGCGAUGACCUAUGGAGACACACCAGAGAACCGAUGAAACAACCAUUAUUACAGAAACUCAUUGGCAAAGAAGAACUUGCCGAAGAAGCAUGUUUUGCAUUCACCGCCAUUUUAAAGUAUAUGGGAGAUUUACCAGCUAAACGGCGAAUGGGAAAUGAAUACACCGAUCAAAUAUUCGAGGGGCCAUUGAAACACGAAAUCCUGAGGGAUGAAAUUUAUUGCCAGAUCAUGAGACAGUUGACCGAUAAUCGAAAUAGAUUGAGCGAAGAAAGAGGCUGGGAACUGAUGUGGUUGGCUACUGGGUUAUUCGCUUGUAGUCAGAUAUUACUCAAGGAAUUGACUCAAUUUCUGCGAACUAGAAGACAUCCGAUAUCUCAAGAUUCAUUGCAACGGUUACAAAAAACAUUAAGGAACGGCCAAAGAAAAUAUCCUCCUCAUCAAGUAGAAGUGGAAGCAAUUCAACAUAAAACUACCCAAAUAUUUCAUAAAGUGUAUUUUCCCGAUGAUACCGACGAGGCAUUCGAAGUGGAUUCUUCUACCAGAGCCAAAGAUUUUUGCUCGAAUAUUGCUCAACGUUUGAACUUGAGAAGUUGCGAAGGUUUCAGUUUAUUUGUUAAAAUAGCUGAUAAAGUCAUAUCUGUUCCGGAAGGAGAUUUCUUUUUUGAUUUCGUCAGACAUCUUACUGACUGGAUUAAGAAAGCACGUCCGGCACGAGACGGAAUUACUCCUCAAUUCACUUACCAAGUAUUUUUCAUGAAAAAAUUAUGGACCAACACCGUACCGGGUAAAGAUCGAAAUGCUGAUCUUAUAUUUCAUUUUCAUCAAGAGUUACCAAAAUUAUUACGAGGGUAUCAUAAAUGCACUAAAGAAGAAGCUGCUCGAUUAGCUGCUCUCGUGUAUCGUGUGCGAUUCGGUGAAAGUAAACAAGAGUUACAAGCUAUUCCUCAAAUGCUGAGAGAAUUAGUCCCCGGUGAUUUACUGAAAAUGCAGAAUUCUGCCGAAUGGAAAAGAGCCAUUAUUGCGUCGUAUAAUCAAGAUGCAGGUAUGAGUCCUGAAGACGCAAAAAUAACAUUUCUAAAAGUAAUUUAUCGAUGGCCAACUUUUGGUUCGGCUUUCUUCGAAGUAAAACAAACCACUGAACCUAACUACCCCGAAUUAUUACUGAUAGCGAUUAAUAAACACGGAGUUAGUUUAAUUCAUCCUCAAACAAAAGAAAUUCUAGUUACGCAUCCAUUUACUCGAAUUUCAAAUUGGUCUUCGGGUAAUACAUAUUUCCAUAUGACGAUUGGUAAUUUAGUUAGAGGAUCGAAGCUUCUAUGCGAAACUUCUUUGGGGUAUAAAAUGGACGAUUUAUUGACUUCCUAUAUAUCAUUAAUGUUAACCAACAUGAAUAAGCAGAAAAGUUUACGUAUUAAGUGAUAUUAAAGUAGUAUUAACUGACAUCAGUAUUGUUUUCUUAUCGUAAUUAUUUAUUCGCGUUUGAUUAUCAAUUCAUUUUUUUUUUGUAAAACGUUCGGGAUUAAUUAUCAAUUCAUUUUUUGAAAAACACAUACUUACAUUUUGUAAUUUUAAGCAUUGUCAAUCUUACAUAAUCCUUCAAAAUUUAUUAUUACGGUAAUGCUCGCGUUUUUCCCCCAAAGUUUAUGAAUGACAGUAUUAUGUUUUUUUCAUUCCAUUAAAUGGUAUUACCUUACAUUGUAUUGGUUGUUAAUCAAUUUUUUUUUUGCGAAAUUUUAUGGUAUUGUUGUAUUAUUCAUGUUUUGAAAAUUAAUACAGGUCCGUCCAUCGUGUUCGUGUGAUAAAUCAUUAUUUAAUUUUUUUUAAUGUUAUGCGAAUUUGUAAUUGAACUACGUUGUUUUAAUUUAUUUAAUAAUUGGAGGACAUUGUUGUUUUCGUUUACGCGUAAAUAAAUGUUUGUGUAUAUAUUUACAUCGACUUUGUAAAACUCGGCGUACUUACAUAAUUAUUAAAAAAAAUUUAUAAAUUUAA